AUGGAGCUCGCUUUAGGUCCAAUUGUGCGUUUGCGCACCCGAGCCUUGUACGCAGUCCUUAAUAGCGUUCAUAGCCUUAGCUGCUAGGUGGCUUUAACGCGUGAAGCUGUAGAGGAACUUAAUUUUUGGAGAGAUAAUUUCUUUCGUUUGUGCGGCAAACCAAUCUGGAGGCCCUCCCCGAAGAUAGAGCUUUUGUCUUAUUCGGAUGCCAGCAAUGUGGGUUGGGCGGGAUUUAUUGUUCAAUUUGGUACGCACAUCGCUAGAGGGAACUGGUUGGGUUCCGAGGCCCUAUAG